UUUUAGAUUAAGCAUUAUUGAUGGGUGCCUAGAUUUGUCCAAAUGCUCAACACAAAUCUCAUGAUGAAAUUACUGUGUAAAAGAAACCUAAAAUUGAUAUAUAAAAGCCCCCUUAAAUUCAUAAGCUAGAACCUAUAAUUUAAUUGAGUUUUCAUGAAGAAAUUAUGGAAAUUCAAAGAGAAAGAUAAUAUUCAAUUCCUAAACAGACAACAUAAGAUUAUAGUACAUCUAAAUUGGAAAUAAAUGAAAACAAGAUUGAAUAACUUGAAUAAUUUGAAAAAAGUCAAUUAUGUUCCUAAAAUGACUAAAAAGAUUAAUAAAAUGAUUCACGAGAUGAUUCAAAUAGUGCAUUGCUUGAAUGUAUAAUUAUAUGAACAUAAUAUAGUUAAAUUUAAACCGAUACUUAAAAACGUAAUUGCUCAAAAGAAUUGUUAAAAUGAUGGAGAAUCACAAAAAUCUGUCAAAAAGGUCACAUUUAAUAAGAAAUAGAAAGUGAUUUAUAGUGGUUUCAGACAAUAAAAUUAAUGAGGA